AUGCAUUCCACUUUAAGCUUUUUGAUGCUUCUAUCUCCAGCCACCGUCUUUGCAGCUGUCACGAAUGGUGAAUUGGCUUCAGCUGAUUCUUCUGUGAUUGCUGGUGACUUUGCAACCGCUAGUGUAUCCUCUCCCGCCCUCAGCAGCACACCAUCAGCGGGUGGGGCUGGCAACUCAACUACAGCAGCUGCUGGUGGGUAUCCUGGAGCUCUCGGUGUUGGCUCUGCCAUGGCAAAUGGCACAGCUGGCUCUGGAGAUGCAACUUCGACAAUAAUGCCAGGUCUACUUUCUUCCCAAGGGUCGGCCAAUGGCUCAACUAAUGGAACCGGGAUCGGAGGCAGCGAUCCGACUUCAACACUCGUUGGCUCGAGUGGCAACUCUUCCAAUUCCUCCUCUGGUGGUUCGACUGCCGGUAGCGGUGGGUUUGGAUCAUUUGCUUCAGGAUCUGCUGUGCUCACUAAUUCGGCAAGCGGUGUUACCUCUGGUUCGAGUUCUAGCUCCGGUUCUCAAAGUAGCGGUUCCAGUGGCAACUCUUCCAGCUCUGGCCAGAGCUCUGGGGGUGCUCAAGCAUUGGGAAUCCCCGUUGGAGCUGGAAUUUUGGCAGGCACUGCGGCUCUCCUCUUGUGA